AUGAUACAGAAGUACAAAAGGAUUGAAUGUGUUAUGUCAGUCUAUAACGUUCUUGUAAUCAGUCUUCGAUUUAUCAAGUACUAUAUAAUGUGCCAGCUGGCAAAGAAGAUGAGCAUGGUGAAAAUUCCCAUGAAAAAGAGUCUGCGUAAAUAUAAUACAUAUGGAAGAAACCUCAAACAGUAUUCUAGCCUGAUGAAAUAUAGUAGAAUCUCCUCAGAGCCUUGUAAGAGGAAUGAAUCAAGCAAAGCCUAUUACUAUUCAGACUUAUAUCAAUAUCAUCGAGUACUUGCCAGGAAAAAGACUUAUAAAUAUCACGAAAGUGGGAAGUCUUUUAGCCAGAACACACACAUUACUCAGAAUCUGAAAGUCCAUAUUGGAGAGAAACCUUAUAAAUGUAAUGAUUGUGGGAAAAUCUUUGGCUAUAUUUCAUCCCUUAUUAAUCAUCAGAGGAUACAUACUGAAGAGAAGCCCUAUGCGUGUAAUUCAUGUGGAAAGUCCUUCAGAGACAGAUCAUACCUUACUCAACACCAGAGAAUUCACACUGGAGAGAAACCCUAUAAGUGUAAAGACUGUGGAAAGGUUUUUAUCCGAGGUACACACCUUACUCGACACCAGAGAAUUCACACUGGAGAGAAACCUUAUCAUUGUAAUGAAUGUGGGAAAGCCUUCAAUCAGAGCACACACCUGAUUCAGCAUCAGAGAAUUCAUACUGGGGAGAAACCCUAUAAAUGCAACGUAUGUGGAAAAGCCUUUAGCCAGAGCACAUAUGUUAUUCAACAUCAGAGGCGACACACUGGAGAGUAUCCCCAUAAGUGUGGUGAAUGUGGGAAAGCCUUCAGCCAAAGGUCAUCUCUUAUUGAGCAUCAGAGAAUCCAUACUGGAGAGAAGCCCUGUGUAUGUAAUGAAUGUGGGAGAGCCUUUAGGAGUUACCCAUCUCUUACUAAACAUCAAAGAAUUCAUACUGGAGAAAAACCCUAUUUGUGUAAUGAAUGUGGGAAAGCCUUUAGCCGUAGUGCUUAUCUUACUCAACAUCAAAGAAUCCAUACUGGAGAGAAGCCUUUUAAUUGUAUCGAAUGUGGGAAAAGUUUCAUCCGGAGUGCGCACCUCAUUGAACACAAAAGAAUUCAUACGGGAGAGAAACCCUAUGAAUGCAAUGAAUGUGGAAAGGCCUUUAGCAACCGCUCAUCUGUUACUAAACAUCAAAAAAUUCACACUCAAGCAAAACACUACGAAUGCAGCGAGUGUGGCAAUAGCUUUAUUAAGAAGUCGUUGCUCCUUCAGCAUCGGAAAAUCCAUAUUGGAAGGAAACUGUAAAUAUAUCUAUGGGAAAGCUUGAACUUCAACCAUUAGCACUAUGUAUUCAGAAGAAUAUUCAUGCUGGUGGAAAACCUCAUUAACGAAAUUAAUAUUGGGCAGCCUUCAGAUGCAGAUAUCAUUUGGGACUUUGCAGUAGAAAAUAAUCGUGAGAUUCAAAAAAUCCUUCAUCUUUGAUGUGCGUACGCUUUCUUCCCAAUGUAGAUGCUGUUCUCUCCUUAUCUUGGUAGACAGUUUAUGUAGUAGAAAGAACCCUGGAUAUUUAUAGUCAGAAUAUCUGGCUUAAAAUCCCAGUUCUGCUAUUUUCUGCUUUCAUGACCUUCAGGAAAUCCUUUCCCCUUUCUGGGCCUCAGUUUUCCCACGUAAGGAGGUUGGACUUGAUGAACUCGAUUCCCCCUGAAGGUCUAAAUUUUAUGAUCCUGUGAGUUGGAGUGGCCAAAAACAGAUCGUUACCCAGUGGCAGCUCUCUGGUGAUGAACCUCAUUACACUUAAGUAGGCUGGUCCUUGGAUUGUAGACCCACGUUGGAUCACAUCAUUGGUCCCAUACUGGAAGGAGUUCCAAUUUAGAGCUUGUGUUCCACUGGCAUACCUGACUAGAGUGACCUCCACAUCAUACUGAGUCAUCAGAUUAGGAUGUUAACAGAA